AUGGCUCCUGGACGCACAACCAAAAGGAGACGAGUUAGCCCUCCUGGGGAUGAAGAAAAUGGAUCCAAAUCCUCGGGUGGUGCGUCCGUUGGCGAUUUCUACAGCCAUGCCGCCGAAUGGGACCUGGAACAGGAUUAUGAGACCCGGCCGCGCAAACUAGGCAAGAAAGACAAGGAAAGAACCCGGUUGCCUAUCAAAACAGCAGAAGGUCUGCAGAACGUGGAGGAGCCGGAACCUGAGGCGGAGGAAUCCGACAGCUUUCUGGGUACCGAUGACGACGAGGAGAUGGAGGAUGCGAACCCCGAUGACGAAGAAGACGAGGAGGAGGCCGAAGAGACACCCAAGAUUCCCAUGAAGCAACAAAUCCUUCAGGCCAAGGAGGAUCUCGCAAAAAUUGCUACGCUAAUCAACGAAGACCCCGAAGAGCACAUCCCCCUGUUCAAAACAAUGGCCGAAAUGGUGGAGAAAGGAGCGCAUGUUGCGAUUCAGAAACUGGCCCUCGCCUCGCAGGCUGCGGUCUACAAAGACGUGAUCCCCGGGUACCGGAUUCGCCCUCUCAGUGAAGAAGACAUGUCAGCGAAGGUCUCCAAGGAUGUGCGCAAGCUUCGGUCAUUCGAGCAAACACUUGUCACGAACUACAAGCAUUACGUUCAGAAGCUGGCGGAGCUUACGAAGCCGUCCAAGAAGGAUGGUGUCCAAGUGGAUUCAAGCUUGAAAAGCAUCGCGAUUAACUGCGCCUGCAGCCUACUCCUCUCCGUACCGCAUUUCAACUUUCGUACCGAGCUCCUGAAGAUCCUCGUCAAUCGCCUCGCCCGAAGGCAAGUGGAUGCCGAUUUCAUCAAGUGCCGUGAGACAUUGGAGGAGGUUUUCACAAGGGAUCAGGAUGGAAUUGUGUCGCUUGAGGCUGUCCGCAUGCUGUCCAAGAUGAUGAAGGCGAAGGAAUUCCGCAUUCACGAGAGUGUUCUGGAUAGCUUCCUCCAUCUCCGCCUACUCUCUGAAUUCUCCCGCAAGGCAUCAAGAGACAGGAUCGAUCGCGAUGAACCGGAGGAGGAGACGCAACUCGGCAAAAAGCCGAAGCAGAAGCGGGAGUUUCGCACCAAGAAGGAACGCAAGGUCCAAAAGGAGCGCAAAGCUGUCGAGAAGGACAUGAGGGUGGCCGACGCCUUGGUCUCCCACGAGGAACGGGACAAGAAUCAGGCAGAGACGUUGAAACUUGUCUUCGGCAUCUACUUCCGGAUUCUGAAGCUUCGCAUCGCAACCCUCAUGGGACCUGUUCUCGAGGGUCUGGCCAAGUACGCUCACUUGAUCAACCAGGAUUUCUUCGGAGACUUGCUUGAGGCUCUCAAAGAUUUGAUAGGUCAUGCCGAAGAGGAUGCGGAGGAAGAGGACGAGACUGAAGAUACCGACGACAUGGAACCAGCGACGAUGCGGGACACGCACCGGGAGGCUCUCCUCUGUACCGUCACAGCCUUUGCACUUCUAGGAGGCCAAGAUGCCAGCAAAGCAGCGGGCACACUGCACCUGGACCUGAGCUUCUUCGUCAAACACCUCUACCGCUCUCUUUAUACCCUCUCAAUCAACCCCGACGUCGAAUACAACCCCGAUAAAUCUCUCCGACUUCCCGACCCGAACUCCGCAGAAGCCAGCCCGACGUGGCGACCCAGGAAGAAGGUUAACUUCCAGACGCCCACGGUGCUUCUCCUCCGCUGUCUGCAGUCUACCCUUCUCUCGCGCGCGCACGGCAUAGUGCCUCCGGUCCGACUAGGCAGCUUCUCCAAGCGACUCAUGACGACUUCUCUCCAGCUGCCCGAGAAGUCUGCCCUCGCGACUCUGUCGCUCAUGAGCCAGGUUGCCAAGCAUAACGCGCGCCGUAUCUCCUCGUUGUGGCACAGUGACGAGCGCAAAGGAGAUGGCGUGUAUAAUGCGUACGCACCAGAUAUUGAGGCCACCAACGUCUUCGCGGGGACGAUAUGGGAAGGCGAGUUAUUACGCCAGCAUUACUGUCCUCGGGUCCGAGACGCUGCUUUAGAUAUCGAGAAGAUGAUUGCGACACGGAAAUAG